CGCUAUUGUACACUCAGUCAGUUAGUGCACCGCACUCAAACGAACGGUAUCAAUGGUCGCCACAGAACGGCUUCAAUUAAUCGCAGUACAACCGUCGUUGGAAAUCGCGUCUCGUUACAUAGCGCAGAUUUCCGUUGCGUGAAUCUUUUACGGAGAAACUUUUACAUACACAACUACUACAGCAAAAACGCGCGCUCGCCGCUCCUUUCUUAUAUACUACAUCAGCGUGCUCUCACUAACGCAAACACGCUAUCGCUACUACGCUUCUCACGACCUAUUGGCGCCAGCAUUAACGUUCCGCACCCGUCGCCCGUACUCGCCAUACACCCAAACAUCGCUAGUCGUAGUGGUCGUUACCGUUAGUUGGCUUUCUUGAUUUCUUCCAAUCUAAGUCGAAAAAUCGCAUCAAUUGGAAGCGUCGGAUUGGCGUUUUGGGUUGGGUGGUAUUGCCUCCGCCGCUGUCACCACCAUAUACGCGCCCAUACCCGCAUACCCACACCACUCACGAACGUGCGCCCAUCGCCCGCUCUCCUUCCAUUAGUUUGAGGGAAUAUCUGUGACACAGCAUCAAACACUGAUAUGCAGCCAGUUGAAUGGUACGAGGAGUGCGACAACAGUAGUGCCAUUAGUGCGGGGGUUGCGGCGCGACAACGACAACGACGACGACGACAAGUGUGCAUAUAUAUUCACGUAUGUACAUAUGGCAUCGCGAAGUCUCAGAGCCAGUUUCGAAAAUCAGUUUCACUCAGUUUGCGACGUUGCAGAUGGUAGCCACUGAAGCAGUGAUUAAUUUUACUGUUAGUACAAUAGACGACGCUGAAGACACACCAACCAGUUGGCGGAUAGUGUCGUGUGGGUUGCAAUGCGAACAAGUGAUAGUGAAAUAAAUGAAAUGUUACGCGGGCGCGAUGUCAAGUGUUGCAAUAAAAAAUAAUAUUCAUUCGAAAAAAAUGUAAAAAUAGACAUUCACAAAAAAAAAAAAACUUAUAUAAAUAUUUGAAAAACUAAAUUCUAACAUAACGCUAAAUAUAUGCCGUUAGUAAUUCAAAAAGCAAGAAGCAGGCAUACCAACAACAAAGUGCACAUUCUUUAAUUCCUUAAAAAAGUAAUUUUUAGUGUUUCUGUGAUAUUAAAAAUAUAUUAAAAAAAAAAAAAUUAACCAAAAAAAAUCAAAUUUCUGCAUAACAAAAAAAAAAUAUGGAGAUUGUAAAAAUUGAGUCGAAUUUACAACAGCCACCGUCGGUUGUUACACAACCGCAACCACCGUCGGCGCCACAGCCACAUGCCUUUCCUCCGACAAGCGUGCCCACCACGCAACAACAACAACAACAACAUCACCUACCGCUCGACUAUAGUCUAGGAAAUUUCAAGCCUGCUGUUGCCUCUGAUUUCCCCAGUAAUUUCGUUAGCACCGGCAGCGGCGUUGGCGGCGGCAGCACAACGGGCAAUUUGCCCUUACGCGAUUUAAAUAUGCGCUCCAAUAUGGCCACGACAAUACCAAAUCCAACGCAAUUAUUACAACAGCGCGUGCAACAGCAGCAACAACAACAACAGCAUGGCAACGAUCAGUCACAAGAUUAUCAGCCGGUAUCGGCUUUUAAAGCCGUUUUGCCCAAGAAGAAAAUCGCCGACGAUGAGCUCGCCUUCAGCAUUAAUCGCCUUGUCAAAUCAGAGCAUUUGCCCAGUCAUCAUCCAGCUGCGCUGCUUACGACCAGCCCAGCGGCUGCCGCUGCUGCCAAGCAUGAUGAAGACAACAACAACUCAAUUUGUAUAUUGAGCAAAAAUCAAAUACUACAAUGGAAACUACAACAGCCAUUGAGUGGCGUUGGCGAACAUCAGCGCCCAUUCAUCGUACGCGAUAUGAAUUCGAGAUCGCGCAGUCAUUCGCGCACCUCAUCAUCACAAAUCGAUCUCGACGAUGACAGCAAUUGCCGUCGUUCGUUACAUUCCCGCUCGCGUUCACGUUCGAGUUCGCUGGAACUCGAAGUUGAUUCGCCGCCACCGCCUGCCUCACAUCACACCAACCGGUCCAGUCCAAUCUGUUCGCCACCACCGACCACCGCGGAACUAUUGAUUAGCUCCAGUCCAAAAAAGUCUGAAAUGUUUUCGGUGUCCGCGUUAUUGCGACGCGAUGAGCCAGCACAUGGGGCGGUGGCGGCGGCGGCGGCAUCGACAAUGCGUCCAACGCAAAAAUCACCAACAGCAGUGAGCAUACCCGUAGGUGUGAAUCCCUUCGAGGCAUUCCGCAACGGUUACACGAGUAGCGGUGGUGGUGGUGCGGGCGGCAGCGGCGGUGGCUAUGAGCCGGCAUUCUUUCAAAGACCACUACUGUCACCCGCUUUCCCGUUCGCCUUUGCCGCCAUUGCAUUCCACCAGGGCCAACAAUCUGGUCUGACCUCAGCCUACCAUCCCGCUUCACAGGAAGAUCUCUUUCGUCUACGCAACUUAAUGGUGCCGCUGCAGGCAGGCCAGAAUGGCGAUGCGUCUGGUCUGCCACCGAAUUCCCAUCUCGGCCUGCCACAUCCACCGCAUCUGCAUUUUCACCACAUGGCCAAAUGGCCAGGCCUGCCGCAAUUCAGUGACCUUUACUCAUGCAUGAAGUGCGAGAAGAUGUUCUCCACGCCGCACGGACUCGAAGUCCAUUCACGACGUACGCAUCACGGCAAGAAGCCCUACGCUUGCGAACUCUGCAACAAGACCUUCGGUCAUGAAGUUAGUUUGAGCCAACACAGAGCUGUACACAAUGUGGAGAAGGUCUUUGAGUGCAAACAAUGCGGAAAACGCUUCAAACGCUCCAGUACGCUGUCCACACAUCUGCUAAUUCACAGCGACACCCGGCCUUAUCCAUGCAGUUAUUGCGGAAAACGUUUCCACCAAAAGAGUGACAUGAAGAAGCACACAUACAUACAUACAGGCGAAAAACCACACAAAUGUACGGUGUGCGGCAAGGCGUUCAGCCAAAGUUCCAACCUCAUCACACACUCACGCAAACACACCGGCUACAAACCGUUCGCCUGCAAACUUUGCCACAAAUCGUUCCAGCGCAAAGUCGAUCUGCGACGUCAUAAAGAAACCCAACAUACCGACUUAAGGCCACUGAUCGAACGCAAUCUCGGCGGCAAGGUGGAGUUUAUGGCCGCCGCAGCAGCAGCGGCAGCAUCACAAAUGGGCCAACAUGAAGGUUUGACGUCCACUAUGGGUGGUCAUCAUGAUGGUAGUGGUGGUGGCGGCGGCAUUGGCAGUAACAACAUGGGAGCUGCUGCUGCGGCAGCGGCGGCGGCAGCUGCAUCCUCCAUCAAUACACAAUUGGCAUCAAUGAAUUGCCAAAAAGUAUCUUUGCUGGUAUAACAGGCACAAUAGCAGAGACAACAAUUGCAAUUACAACAACAGCAUGAAAGAUUGUUGGAACAACAGCGACGGCUGCAGCAAUGCCUCAAAGUCGAUUAGGUGUGAGGCGCGGAAUAUUCAGCAAUUAAAGGAUAAUUACACUAACAACGAUUAUGUGCAAUAAGAUUAAAUAAAAGGGACAAAUUCGAAGAUUAUAAAAUGCGGAAUAUUGGCUUACGAAAAAUUCCAUGUACAGCUAAUAUGUCUACAGCAAAAAAACAAACAACAAAAACAAAAACCAAGCAAACAAACACAGUCUGCGUAACUCUUCAAAUUUCCAGUGUUGCCAAAGCAAAGCAUUAGUUUUGCGCUUAUUUUUUAUUUUUAAUUAAAUAUGUUAAAAAUUUAAAUAUAUGUAUGUAUGUAUCUAUAUUUUUUAUUAUCUAAGCCCUCCUAAUUCUUAACUGAAAAAGAAAAUAAAAGUGAAAAUAAAAAUAAAAAUAAUACACAAAGCAAAGCUUCUAAGAAAUGUAACUCACGCCUCAUUUGCUCGCAUUCUUCUUCUUAAUUUUCAUCCUUUAACACUUUUCCAGUUGCACAAAAACAAAGCUGCUUUAAGUAAAUCUGUAAAUAUUAGCAUAGAAAUUAUCUUGUAAUAUACGUAUGUUUUUAUGUAUGUAUUUAACGGUAACUAAAUUGUAUGUAUGUAAUUGUAAUUAAGUAAGUAAUAUAAUCUAUUUUCUCCACACAUACAUACACAUACAUGUAUAUGUGUGUAAGAAGUAAAAAACAAAAACACUGUUCUCGCUUCUAAAUAAAUAGUUAGCCGUGGAUUUUACUGACGCGUAAUUAAUACGUUUACACACACACGGACACAUAAAAAAAAAAAUGUAAAUGUGCGCUCGUGUGUGUGUGUGUGCGUGCGAAAAUAAAGAACUUUUGAUAUUAUUGUCAUUCCAAAGAUUUAGUCUAAUUAAUCUAAUUGUAAACAAAAUAAAAUUUUUAUUGUACAAUUAAAAUAAAAUAAUUAAAAUACAUUCAUUUAAUGUUAAUUAAUUGGUAAAUAGCUUAAA